UUCGAAACCAGCAGCAGCCCCGUGCUCGCAGCGACCGAAGUGCCCCUUCAUUCUUAGACCUUCGGAGACGAAGGAUCGCAAUCGUCUCAAAUGGUCGAUCGCGGUUCGUUGUUUGGGCAACUAACGUAGCCCGACACACUCCCGUCUCGGUGCCUCGACUUCAGCGACGUAAUCAACGCGCGGGAGACCGCAAUGUCUUUCCCGAACAAGGAACAGCGUCAGAAGUGUUGGGAUUCUCGAGAUCGCUACUGGGAGUGCCUUGACAGUAAUGCUGAUGAUUCAAAACGCUGCGCGGAGAUGAAGUCCUUGUACGAGACCCUUUGCCCGAGCCAGUGGGUGAAGCACUUUGACCGCAAGAGGGAAUACCUGAAGUUCAAGGACAAGAUUGAGAAAGACGGGUACGAACCACUCGAUGACACGAAUACCAGGGCAAAAAGCUGAGGCACUUCGUUGUCUGGCAAGGAACUCUCAAUCGUUGAAACAGUUUCGACUAAGUCGGAGAAGGCUGCGAGUGCGCGCCACAGCCAGGCACCAGAUCCAUUCGCAAGGACACUCACGUGCUGCUCGGAAUGCAUAAUUAAUUCGUCAUUAUGGGCAUUAGAUUUAAAAGGAGGUGCCAUUCUUGGCACGUCAUUUCGUCAUAACAAAAUAACGGGACAUUUCGUCAUAACAAAAUAACGAUUAGGAGUAGAGUACGAAUGUAGAAGCAUGAGCAUUCAUAGAUGUUCGCAUGCGUGUGGCUGCUUGUCUGGCCGAAGUGCUGUUUGUUUUCCAUGUUGUAAUAAAGCAUUUUCGCUGGACACAC